GUGAUCUCCAGACUGUGGCCCUUUGAUUGCCAUUGUCCAGCACUUGAGACAUUAUUCCUGCCACUGACACCAACCAUAGGACAAAUUCCUUCCACUGACACCAAUGAUGGGGCACUAUUUCUACCCCUAAUAGCAAAGAUGGGGCAGUAUUCCUCCCACUGACACCAAUGAUGGGGCACUAUUCCUCCCACUGACACCAAUGAUGGGGCACUAUUCCUCCCACUGACACCAAUGAUGGGGCACUAUUCCUCCCACUGAUACCAAUGAUGGGGCACUAUUCCUCCCACUGACACCAAUGAUGGGGCACUUUUUUACCCCCUAAUAGCAAAGAUAGGGCAUUGUUUACUCCCAUUGGGCACAAAGGUUUGGAGACCCCUGCAGUAGAGGAAAGAUG